CGAGUAAUUGGUCGGAUACGAUGAGUUGAUGACAACAAUGACAAAAAUAUUUCACGGAAGCUAGUGGUUGAAAACCCUUGCUCCAUGAUACCUAAUCGUACACAGUGUUACGUAGCUUCAAUAUAAAACCCAAUCUCGUCUGUCCAAACAAAGAAUAGUAAUUACCAUCUCAUACCCUCUUUCUAUAUCCCCAAUGGAGCCAGCAAUAGAGACGAACUCAUCCAAGCACGACCAGACCGAGACAGAGUUUGGGAAGAAUAAGAAACGGUACCAAGACCUGAUCGCCACGUUUCCUCAUGAGAAAGGCUGGAGACCUAAAGCUCCCUUGAUUGAAUACGGUGGUCACUGGUUUAUUCAGCUUCUCCUUGAAGGCUCCCUCCACGCGCAAGAGUUCUUCCAAGCGCGACCCAUAGACUUCCUUGUCUGUAGCUACCCAAAGACAGGAACCACCUGGCUCAAAGCUCUCACUUCCGCUAUAGCCAACCGCUCUCGCUUCGACGAUUCCUCAAACCCUCUCCUGAAACGUAACCCUCACGAGCUUGUUCCGUUCAUUGAGAUGGAGUUCCCUUUCUUCCCUGAUAUUGAUGUUCUGAAGGACAAAGGGAACACUCUAUUUGCCACUCAUCUGCCUCACGGACUAUUACCCGAGUCGAUUUCCAAGUCGGGUUGCAAGAUGGUUUACAUCUGGAGAGACCCAAAAGACACUUUCAUCUCCAUGUGGACUUUCUUCCAAAAGCAAAAGGUAGACAAUGGCCCUCUCAAUAGUCUUGAGGAGUCUUUUGAUAUGUUCUGUCGAGGUCUUUCCGGCUAUGGUCCCUAUCUGGACCAUGUCUUGUCGUAUUGGAAAGCUUACCAAGAAAAUCCAAAUCAGAUCUUGUUCCUCAAGUAUGAGACAAUGAAAUCUGAUCCUUUCCCGCAUGUGAAGAAACUGGCUGAGUUUAUGGGUUAUGGAAUCACAGCUGUGGAAGAGAAGGAAGGGGUUAUUGAGAAAGUUGUGAGUCUUUGCAGUUUCGAGACGCUGAAGAAUCUUGAACCCAACAUAGGGGAGAAAGACCGAGAGGAUCGUCCUUGUAUAUAUAAGACUAGUGCCUACUUCAGGAAGGGAAAUGUAGGAGACUGGCAGAACUACCUGACUCCGGAGAUGGUAGCUCGAAUCGACGGAUUGAUGGAAGAGAAAUUCAAGGGCACCGGUUUGCUUGAAUUUGGUAAGUAACCGGUUCUUGUGCCGAGCGAUGAUAGAUCCUUUAUAUGCUUCUUUACAACAGAAGUUGGCUCCCUUUUCUCAUUUUGCUUCCAUAUGCAUCAAUUUAAGAAUAAGUAUUGUAUCUAGGAAAAAGAAUUUGUUUGUGAAGCCAAUCGUCUUUGGCUACAUAUGCAUUAAGUUAAGAAUAAGUAUUUGUAUCUUGGAAAAAGAAUUUGCUACCUUAGCCAAUCAUCUUUGGCUGAUGUGUGCAAAGUCUUGAUCUACUGCAAUUUAUGUUUCAAUCUCAUAUCCGUUCAUUCA